CGCAGCUCCCAUCCUCAUCUGCAGAUGGAAAAUAAGUCUGCUCUGCCUGGUCCCUCUCAGGGGACGGUUAGAGAGGCCCACGGCCUGCUCGAGUUUGAUAAGAAGCCCAGCUUCACCCUUAGAAGAUAAAGCUCCUGUUCCUAGGGCCUUCGGUGCUCAAGCGUGUGAAGCGUAAAGGCUGAGGAACCGCGUUUUAGCUGGGGCUCAUGAGAGUGUGUGAGGAGGUCCAAAGUCCAUGGGGCUCCUGGCCUGCAGUGUCUUGAUUAAGAAAAUGGAACCUCUCCCGGGAUGGGAGUCGUCACCCUGGAGCCGGGCAGACAACACCUUCAGGCUGGUGCCGUGUGUCUUCCUUUUGAACUUGUUGCAGUGUAUCUCUGCCCAGCCCUUGUGCAGACAGGAGGAGUUUUCUGUUGGGGAUGAGUGCUGCCCCAUGUGCAAUCCAGGUUACCAUGUGAAGCAGGUCUGCAGUGAGCAUACAGGCACAGUGUGUGCCCCCUGUCCCCCACAGACCUAUACCGCCCAUGCGAAUGGCCUGAGCAAGUGUCUGCCCUGCGGAGUCUGUGAUCCAGACAUGGGCCUGCUGACCUGGCAGGAGUGCUCCAGCUGGAAGGACACUGUGUGCAGAUGCAUCUCAGGUUACUUCUGUGAGAACCAGGAUGGGGGCGCCUGUUCCACAUGCUUGCCUCACGCCGCCUGCCCUCCAGGACAGAGGGUACAGAAGAGAGGUACUUACAGCCAUGACACUGUAUGUGCUGACUGCCUGACAGGAACCUUCUCACUUGGCGGGACUCAGGAGGAAUGCCUGCCCUGGACCAAGUGCAGUACCUUUCAACGGGAAGUAAAACAUGGGACCAGCAGCACAGACACCACCUGCUCCUUCCAGACCUUCUACAUCGUCGUUGUGAUAGUGGGAGUUGCGAUAGUGGGAGCUGGGGUAGUUGUAUUCCUCCUCCGCAAGCAAAGACAGCGGCAUACCAGUGAGCAACGACCCACCCUCCCAGGGCUCAGGACUCCAGGAGUGGUCCCAGGGUCUUUGUGGAGUCUGGAUCUACAAUGGCUAGUGGUAGAGCCCUUCCUCAGAGCCCAGCUGUCAGGCAUAGUGGCCAGUGAGCUGGAGGCUUUCCAGCAGGAGCAACAAGAGGACGCCAUCAGGUUUCCAGUCAUCGAGGUUGGUCCUUCUGUGACCGAGGAGGAGGCAGCCUUCAACUGCAUGAAUUCGGGGUGAUGAGACACCUUGGAGACCCUGAUGGGAAGUUUCCAUAUGCCAGAGGGGCACGGCAGAUGCCCUGGGCUGCUACGGCAUCACAUGGCAGGGGAGAUGUUGCCAUGGCCCAGGGUGUAGCAGUUGCUUUGUCCUUCUUAGUGUUAAAUGGGAUCAUCUGCGCCCAUGCAAACGAUCCAAAGUCUGUAUCAGUGACAGUUACCACAGACCCUAUGCCCUACUUCCCAAAUCUUCCAGACAGCCUGUCUAAACCCUAGGCCUUUGACCGUCCUGGAAAUGUUAAAGGCUGCUCAUCCAGAGGGCUGCUGAGCACGGCCUUCUGGGGUCAGGGUGCUUGCGAUGAGACAAGAAUAUGGCAUUGGUGGAUUUUAUUUUGAAGUUUCUGGGGCUGGAAUCUUGCCCAUACCAGGCAAGUGCUUUAUUCCUGAGCUACAUUCCCAAGACUCUUUCCGUUUUUUAUCUUGAGGCAAAGUCACACGGAAUUGUCUGGGCCAACCAUGGACUCCUUCUGUAUCUUGGGCAAGCCUCAAACUUGACGCUUCUACCUCUGCUCUUCAAGUAACACUGUGAUGACCUGCGUGGUCCUCCAGACGGGGCGGGUCAAUGCCUUCUAUUUUCUUUGUGUGUGUGUGUGUGUGUGUGUGUGUGUGUGUGUGUGUGUGCACACGCGUACCUGUUACCCCCUUUUCCCACCGGACCUAGCCCCAGAGAGUUUUCUGCAGGCCCCAGAGAACUAAGUUUUACUCCCUCAGACACAAGUCUGCUGAGGGAUUGAUUAAUCACUGACUCCACACCUCUCCUCAGUGUACCUGACCUGUCAAAGCUGGUCUUCAGUACUUGUUCCUUAGUAGCUAGCCAUCUUGAGCCAGCCCGAGGCUCAUCAAUUCAGCUAGAUCGGCCUACCACUGAGCGUUGGGCAUCCCCUUGGCUCUGCCUUCUCAGCGCUGGGUUUAGGGCACACAGCACUAUGCCAAACUUCUAAAGUGGAUUCUGGGGAUGAGCCCAGUUUCAAGAAUGCAGGUCCUUUCUCAUGCUGUGGAACAGCACUCUUAGUGACCAAACCAUUCCCUUGGCUUCAGAAUGAAUGUCUAAGUUAUUUUCUACUUGUCAUAGGAAAUAAAUAUUUUUGUUACACA